AUGGUAUCACUCAAUUCCAGUUCUGAGGCAUCAGACACCAGGAACAAUCUUGCUGAAGAAUAAAAAAAAAGGAGACACCCUUUUGUUUGGUUAGCAUCACAGGACCACAAUGAUAAAUCAUAAGUUAUGGUCCAAACAUACCAUCCUGAUUGCCGGUUUGCAAAUUUCUGUAAGCACCGGAAGCAUGCAUCGCUACAGUAUGCUUAGUCCAAUGUCAAUUCAAAUGUUAGUUGUAGGUCUAGAGUUGAAUAUUGUUGAAGGAAGAAUGAGCAUGGACCACGGAUGGCAAAUUAUCAUGUACCUCCGAUUAAGGAAGGUGCCAGUGCUAAAAUUCAUGAUGGCGCGUGGCUCAGAACGGCUUGCCACGUUUGAAAGCAUGUAGCUGCAAUUUGGGAUAAGGGCAUUGGAAGGAGUGCCUUGGGAGUUGUUGGAUUGCUAG